AUGCCUCUCUUUUCCUGUUCUGAUUUACAUUUUGCAACCCUGUUUCCCUUCCACAUCCUCUCACCCUCCCCUUCCUACCCUUCACCAUCCCCCCUCGCCUUCCUUUCUCACUUCUCAUCUCCUCCAUUUCCUUCCCCCUUCCAUUCUCUCCCCCACGGUCCCACCUCCCAUCCCCUCCUCCCCCAUCCACCCACUCCGCAGGUGGCUCUGCUCGUGGCAUUCGCCAAGGACGAGGUGGACCGAGCAUGGCCUCGCUUGCUGCACCCUGCACCAUCCACGUCAGCACCACCAUCCACGUCAUCCCCACCUUCCACAUCAGUCCCAAUGUCACCACCACCAGGAUCACCCACUCGCUCUCGUCCCCACCACCUGCUCUCUUCUCCCCCUCUCCCCGCCUUCGUGUCUCCAGCCGUUCUUUCUCUGCUAGACCUUCUCCUUGACCCUUCAGCUUCAUCUCCCUUGCCACCGCUGGCAUUCCAACUGCCGGAUCACUCAGACGCCCUCGCUGCAGGGCUCAACCUGCUGCGCUUCCUGCUCCUCAGAGAGCAGCAAGCUGCGAGGGCAGGGGGCUGCCUCAGAGAGCAGCAAGCUGCCCCCACGCCCACUGCCUCUCCUGUGACUCCCAUGCCUCCCAUGGCAUCCAUGGAACAGCAACCAUCUACCGCACUCCACACCCCCACAUCGCUCCGCACCAAGCCCAGCCUGCUUCGUGCGCGCAACUGCUGGCUGCUGCCUCUGCGCUCCGCCGCCCUCGCCGCCCGGGCCUCCCUCGAAUCCAGGAGACAACGGGUGGGGGGCAGCAUGGGAGGGAUGGGAUGUGGACAUGGCGAUGAAGGAGAGGAGAGUGGGGAGGAGGAGGAUGGAAUGGACGGGGAGGAGGAGGGUCAGAUGGAUCAGCAGGCAUGGGUGCGAGAGUGGAUGGGAGUGGAGACGGUGCUGUCGCUGGUGGCGCGAUGCCUGGAGCUGGUGGAGGCAGACCAAGGCGUGUAG